CCUUGGGUGGGACGUGGUUUCCGGUUACUUUGGGUUAUUUGAGGGUGUGCAGCUUCGGUGCAUUUUGUGCUAGGAUUUGGAUACGUUCUGGCUGCGGUUAGCAUAAUUUCAAGAGGUAGAACUUAUAUGAUUUCAUAAAAAGUAGGCCUUUGCAGCGACUUCAAUGUCAGGGCUACAACUCCAUGGCUUAGAUCAUUAGUUUUUCGUUACCGCUUUCACCGAAUUCAACUAGUAAAAUCAAACUAUUUAAGCCAACUAAAAAUUUUUAAGUAUAUCCAGCUACCGCGAAAUAGCUUAGGAUACCGAUACUCUACUCUGCAUUGACGCAAUGCAUUCAUCGGGCAGAAGCAGUGGACAAAGUCUUGGAGCGGGCUCAAUAGCCCGCGGUGGAGGAGCGAACACCAACUCCGGGGGCACAGUGCGAAACAAGUUAGCGGCACCUCUAUCGACGCAGACGGCGGGAACACGGCGACCUGUUCACGGCGGAGCGGGCGAUGGGGGAUCCGAUGCGGCUUGGAAGCAGACCGGUCGUCGCCUGGGCAAGUCCAGUCCUCCUGCUCGGCUGGUCCAGCCCACUGUAGCCUCCGGCCUGAGGGCCAGCAGCAACAGGCAGACGGCCAAGCAGAAGUUCGAGAAAGCGGGCCAGGAGAGGCCCAGAUCAGCAGUUCCCGUGGCGAAGCACGCCGAAUCGGAAGUCGGGAAGCAAACGAAGCAGCGAGUGAUGUCACAAGCUGCCAAGCAGGCGGCACGGGAUCGUCUCUGGCCCAGCAAGCCGGCGGGCGUGGGUUUAGGCUCGAAUUUCCGCAAGAAUAGGCCGCCCGUGCCAGAGGAUGCCAAUCACUUGCCGGAUUUCGAGGCCAUGCUGGAGGAGACGGAAUCCGAGGCCUGCAAGUGUCCAGUGCUACUGGAGACUGGCAUCCAGACGAACGAGGCUGAGAUCCGCGACCACAAGCUAAUCAUCGGCGAGGUGAAGAUGCUUUGCCCCUCGGCGCUGUUGGUCGAGCAAAUAGAUCGGGAACGGCUCGAGCUUAGGCGGCAAAGGGAGCGGCAAUCAUCGCGUAGAUUUGCUGCCCACGAGCAGCAGGAGGAACUGCAUCUGGACGAACUGAACGAGUUCUCGUUCCGGAAUGCCGUGACCAAGAGGGCGCCCAAGAAGCCACCAACGUACCAGUACUCUCCCUAUGACAAUCAGUAUCAGAACGUUUUCAAGUCCAUGGACGAUUUCUUCAGCCGGGUGCAGGACUCUGUGCCCAAGUCAGAAUCUGUGGCCAACAUCCAGGAGCGCAUCAAGCGCAAGGAAGAGGAGCUGCUCAGCCUUUUCGACAACGUCGACGUGAACGAAUAAUCUGAAACGGAUCCACACAUCCUAGGAAAUUCUAUGUAAAAUUGUUCGUGCCGUACUAGUAAAGUAGAAGUCCUUUUCAA